AUGAAGAACUGCAUUCUUAUUACCAACGUGGAUUCUCUGCUGGGCUAUGCCUUGUCGUAUCGGUUUUUGGAGGAAUGGAAUCGAGAAAGACAGCAUGAGAGUGAUGCUAUUUUAAGAGACAAGACUGAAUUCCGUUUACUGUGCCGUGAGCGUCAAGGAUUAGAGGAUCUGGAGCUACUGGGAGCCAAGAUCAUGGAAGUCGCAGACUACACCAACAAGGACAAGAUGAAGGAGUUUAUGAACGGUGUUGGCUAUGUCAUGUUCUUGCCCGAAAACUCAAAUCAAACAAUCAAGGAAGGUGAAACAGUUGUUGAAUGCGCAAAAGAGCAAGGGGUCGAUUAUGUGACCAUGCUGUCCUAUAUGGGUGCAGACUAUGCAAAGAAGAAUGACAAACAUUUGAACGAAUACCGUCAUCUAGAGAAGUGCGUUUCUCAACAUUUCAAUCAUAACAGCUAUUGUGUGAUGCGCUCUGCCAUGUGGCAUCAGUUUUACUACUACUAUGGUCCUAUGAUUGAAGACAAGAACAGGAUUCAGCUGCCAGUCCAUGACAAGGCUGAAUUUGGCUCUAUUGAUUUGACUGAUCUAGUGGAUGCUGUCUACAAUCUCUCUGCAUUUCCCCAGCAAGACAGCUAUGGUGGAGGCUUCGUCGACCUGGCUCAUCUGUACGCGACUAACUUGAGAAAGAAGAACAAGACUUUGUUUGAAUUCACGUCUCGCCACAACAUCACUCCCAAGAAUUUGGUUCAAUCUGCUGCUGACGGUUUAGAGCGGAAGAACAUGACGUAUGAGAGAGUCAGCCCAGAGACGCUAUACGAUUACCUGCGCCGUAUCCACAACGAUAAUCGCUUUAGGCAAAGACCCAUCCAACGUGCUACGGAUAUCGUUGGACACCAGCGCAAAUCGAAGGAGGACAGGCCCUAUACAUUUCCCUUGGGAAGAUAUCUGAACGACUGUGUUAUCGAAAGCAUCCUUGAGUACUGGAAAAUGGUUGAUUCUGGUAAGGAGGAGCAUUCUACUGAUGAUCUGGAAAAGGCCAUUGGUCGCCACCCUACUACUGUCGAUCAGUUUUUCAAGAACAACAAAGAUCAAUUUAACCGUCUUCGUUGA